AUGACAAUUGAUCGUUAUCAAGCCAUUGUUCAUCCAUUAAAUACAUAUGCGUGGACACCUCAUACAGGUCUUUUUCAUAUGGUAGCUGUUUGGUGUUUAAGUAUUUUUCUAGCAGCGCCACAAUUAUUCAUAUUCCGUUUGGAAUACGAUUCAAAUCGUACAGUAAAAAUGUGUACGGCCAAAUUUUUAGGACACAAUGGUACAUGGGAAUUAAUUUAUAUUAUAUGGACGAUUUUCGUUCAAUUCAUCUUACCUGUAUCUGCACUAAUAUAUUGCUAUGGUUCAAUUUAUUUUAUUGUAAACCGAAACUUUUCAAUGUGUCCAUCACCUAAUAAUAUCACCACAACAAGUAUGAUUAAUUUACCGUCAAUUGGUAUUAAGAAAAAUUCAACGAAUGCAUCAGCAUCGCCAACAUCUACAAUAGAUCGAAGAACAAGAAAUGCUCCUGAGAAUCAUGUACACGUUCGUUAUCCAUGUGUUAAAUGCUCAAAUAUAGCAACCGUCACAUAUAUCAAUAAAUCUUCACCAAUAAUGUAUCCCGUUGUGUUUCGUUUAAGACGUCAAUCAUCGACAUUAUCAAAACGACCAAGUUCAAAUAGUUUAGAUGGACAAAACCUAAAACAACGCUAUGGUGCCAGUCGUUUUCUAUCUCGUGCACGUCUUAAAACAAUCAAAUUAACAUUUAUCGUCGUUGUUGCUUAUAUACUUUGCUCAACACCAUUCUAUAUUGGGUCAAUAAUUAUGGCUUUGAAUGGAAAAUUUUUAUCGCAAAAAACCAUGAAUUGGCUUAUGACUAUCUUUAGUCUUCUAUUCAAUUUAAAUAGCUGCUCAAAUCCCAUCAUAUGUCUUACAUUAAGUAGCACUCUAUUUCGGUAA